AUGUUGAAGAUGAUGUCAGGAGCCGUGCACGCCGAACGCGUUAUCCGCGCGCCUCCACAAAGCAGCGCUAUAUCGAAACCGAGGGCUGUCUACAGCAUAGAUCAGAUCCUGGGCAAUCAUCAUCACCCACGCAGGACUAUCGGUACCAGCAACAACAACAACAACAACAACAGCCUCGUGAUUAACAACAACAACAACACCAUAGGCUCCGAUGGAGAUAACCCGUUGAAGCGCGAAGGAUCCCCAGUGGAGGUGCACGACAAUGGCGUCGAUGUGGACAACGAUGACGAGCUGCCGAUCAUCGGCGACAUCGACCAAAUGGACAACGAUCCGAACGACAUGGGCCGGCCGAGAAAAAUUCGAAGAUCUCGGACCACAUUCACCACGUACCAGUUGCAUCAGCUGGAGCGAGCGUUUGAGAAAACGCAAUACCCGGACGUGUUCACCAGAGAGGAGUUGGCGAUGCGGCUAGACCUUAGCGAGGCGCGCGUACAGGUUUGGUUCCAAAAUCGUCGUGCAAAGUGGCGCAAACGAGAGAAAGCCAUGGGACGGGACACAUCUGCCUUCCUCCAUCACGAACAAGGACUGCCUGAGUUUCCGCUAGCGCUACCGUUGACACACAAUCUACCCCAUCCGGCAUUGCCAACCGAGUUCUGGCCGCCCAAUUUUGGGCUUCAUCCGUCACUGCUGCCGGGUACGCACGGAUUGCUCCACCCGAAUGUGAUGCCCAACUACAAGAUACCGAACUUCCAUGCGAUCCUGUCGCAGUACAUGGGCCUGAACAAUCUUUUCGGGGGAUAUCCGCAGAAUCUGAGCAUCAACACGCGCAUCAGCCCACAGAACAGCCCCAAAGAGAGUCCGACGAGCGUACCGAUGCCAGGCUCGGUGGGCAUCAACAAUACGAGCAACAGCAGCACCAACAGCGCCAGCAGUCUGCUCAGCAACAACAGCAGCAGCAGCACGAGCAGCACAAGCAGCAACAGCAGCAGCACGAGCAGCAACUCGAACAUCAGCGUUGGCAGCAACAGCAACACCAGCAAAGAGUGCAUCGUGGAGAAGUAA